AUGAAGGUCCCGUGGCCUGACACAUUCGAGGAGGAAGACGAGCGGACAUUCUUGGGGGAGUUCAAGGACGUUGAGGAACUGGCGGGAAUACGGUCAAACCGGGUUAAGUUGAUAGCCCUUCGAGCGCUUCUUAAGGGCCAGGCGCCGGUGGUGUUGGAUGCGGCACGAAAAGACCCGGAGAAGAUGGAGUGGGCCGCCGCGAAGGAUGCCCCAAUCGCGGGUUUCGACACUCCGGCCGAUCACCAGCGGGUGUUGCGGAAUUUCAGGACGGCGCAGCUCGGAAUUGGCGUGGACCCCUUGUCGCGCACCGUGGCCCUGCGCGCCUUGUUGAAUCGUGCUCUCCAAAAGUUGGAUGAUACUGUGCAUUCGGAUUUAAUACUCGAUCGCCUCAUGGAAAGCCUGCCAUAG